GUCUCUAUGGGUCUCUAUGGGACAUUCGCUGCCCCACAGGCCCCAAUGGGCUGGAGGCCACACGAAGAGCAGUGGCCAAGCAGGGAUGGGACUACAGAUGGCAGCGGGUGCCCCAUAGGGCGCUGACGUCACCCCCCCUGCCGGGUGACACGUCCCUCAUGACCUACCGCGGUCACGUGGUCCUCAACACCCUCCUGCGCUGCCGCCUGGCCCCGCCCCCCGGCCCCGGAGCCGGCCAAUACCUGAGCGCGGCCUGUGCCACGGGAGCUGUGAUUGUCUAUGACGUGCUGACCGGGAGGCCCGUGCGGCGCCUGACCAAUCACAGCGGCUGCGUCCGUGACGUCAGCUGGCACCCGGAGGGGGGGGCGCUGGCCAGUGCCUCGUGGGACGGAUCCAUUCGCCUCUGGACCUAUCAGGAGCCGGAUCAGGAGCCAAUGGGAGAGCAGAGGGGGAGGGACCCACCCUAAGCUCCGCCCCCUGCCCCAUAGCGGGACCCACAAUAAACCUCUGAACCCAUGUCUGCC